AUGGCGGGUGCGAGCUCUGUUGAUGACGGCUGGGCGAGCGCUAACGACGAUGGCGAGGGCGGGGAUGCUGGGGGAGGAGAGGAGGACGAGGCCCGGCCCGCGCCUCGUCUCCUCGGCGAUGACGAUGGCGACGGGGGCAGGGAUGCCGUGGAGCGCAGCAGGAGGGCAGCGUCGCUGGGGGUGGGGAGUGCUGAGUGA